CACUCACAGCGGAUGGUGUGGAAGGAGGCCUUGGGGUGCCGCUCGAAACUCUCGCCCAGCUGCAGCGGAUGCUCCUCCUUGUCGAGCAGCGGGUUCGCCGCGCCGUUCAUGGCGUCGGCGGCGCCUACAAACAACCACCGCAGCAACAACAACAACACCGGCAACCCAAACCACCCCCGCCCUUCGACACCUCCCUCUCGCUUCUUUUCCCCUUCCGGGCGGUGUGUGUGUAACCGGGAAACCACUCCGCGUCUGGGAAAGAAAGGCAGGCCCGAGCUCUGAGGGCCAGCAACGACCCCGGAACUGCCGUUCUUUUUCGCAGCCGGUGAGGCGAGAGAACGAGGAAGUCACUGAAAGGCGCUUACACGCGCGAGAAUGGGGGAGCGACGGGGCAAACAAAACUACCUCUGAGGGUGCCCAGAAUACCUUGGGAGUCCCGAGAAAGCGGAUAAACAAAUGAACGUGUGAAGCUGCCUUCUGUUGCAUUAUACCUAGGCCUUUAGCCCCGUACAGUUUGUCCUGGCUGGUAUAGCAACAAUCCAGGAUCUCGGCCUGGGAAACUUUUGAAGCCAGGGAUCGAAACAGAGGAGCGGGGACCUUCCGCCGGCAAAACAUGUGCUCUUACUGAAGAGCUGCCUCUCUAGUCCAUGGUAUGCGCAGUGCUCUCCUCCAGCAUCACAUUUCAAACUAGCUCUUGACUGAUACAUGAGGUGGGCAAUUAAAGAAGAAUUCAACUCUGAAUCUGCAGCGUCCUCCGUAAUUAGGAUGAAUGAAUCCAGGCCUCUGCAAAGUGACUCACCUCUUGCUCAGCUUGAUGUCAUAAUCUCAGCUUCUGAAAAUGGGGCUUCUCAAAAGAGAGGGUGCAAAGCACGAAUACUUAGCCCUGAAGAAGCCGAGAAGCUGGCCAACGAACAUGUCUUUGUAUCUGAGUUCAAACAACAAAAACUAGAGAAAGAAGCACAGAAGAACUGGGAUCUAUUUUACAAAAGGAACAGCACAAACUUUUUCAAGGACAGACACUGGAUGACUAGAGAGUUUGAGGAAUUAAAAGCCUGCCGUGAAUUUGAAGAUCAGAAACUGACGAUUCUUGAAGCAGGCUGUGGUGUUGGGAACUGUUUGUUUCCACUUUUAGAAGAGGAUUUGAAUAUCUUCGCUUAUGCCUGUGAUUUCUCUCCCCGAGCUGUGGAAUAUGUAAAGCAAAAUCCUUUAUAUGAUGCCCGGAGAUGCAAAGCAUUCCAGUGUGACCUUACCAAAGAUGACCUUUUGGAAAACAUGCCAUCAAAUUCUGUGGAUGUUGUGAUGUUAAUAUUUGUACUUUCUGCUGUUCAUCCUGAGAAGAUGCAUCUAGUUUUGCGCAAUAUUUAUAAAGUGUUAAAACCAGGCAAAAGUGUGCUGUUCAGAGAUUAUGGUCUCUAUGAUCAUGCAAUGCUACGGUUUAAGUCUGCCAACAAGCUUGGAGAAAACUUCUAUGUAAGACAAGAUGGAACCAGAUCAUACUUUUUCACAGAUGACUUCUUGGCUGAACUUUUCCUGUCUGUGGGAUAUGAGCAGGUGGUCAACGAAUAUGUGCUGCGAGAGACUGUGAACAAGAAGGAAGACCUGUGUGUGCCAAGGGUUUUUCUCCAAAGCAAAUUUCAAAAGCCACAAAGGGAAACAUGAUUUUUCUUGAUUGGCAGCUGGUCUGUUUUUACGCUGGGAUAUGAAUGUUUCACAGUAAUGUCUUUCCUUUGCUGGCAUACCAGAGUGACUGACUCCAUAUUUGCUCAAGCUGCUGCCUUGUUGUUUUCUUACCUUUGCUGCAAGUGAACGGCCCUUGGAAUAAAGGAAUGGGUGUGAACA